AAAAAAAGUGGCAUGUAUGUGUGAGAUUUUCCUCCAACGUUGUUAUCUAGUUAUAAUCUGAUAAAUCGGAAAAAUUUGGAGUAGACGCAUAUUGUGUGAUUUAGUGAGUCGUUGUGCUAGUUGCGGUUUGUCUUACCCUUCCAUUUAAUAUGUCGUCGUCAACAUCCAGAAAUCAACAGCAGCAACCACAUCAAGAACAAUCAUCAACAGAGGACGUCGAUGUUGAGAUGGGUUCUAGAGGAGAUUGUGUGCGUGAACGGCUGCCACCCAUUGACUUUGACUUGGAUCAUUAUCCAUACUGCAUUGUGUGGACACCGAUACCCGUGUUAACCUGGAUAUUGCCAUUCAUUGGACACAUGGGCAUCUGCAUGGCCAAUGGUGUUAUACGUGACUUUGCAGGUCCCUAUGUAGUCACCGAGGAUAACAUGGCCUUUGGGCGUCCCACACGUUACUUGCGCCUGCAUCCUAAGUACGUUCAGGGCGGAUCCGAUGCCUGGGACGAGGGUGUAUCCAAAGCAUCCGUUCUGUAUGGCACACGCAUGCACAAUUUGUUUUGUGACAACUGUCAUUCACAUGUGGCGACAGCGCUCUGUAAUAUGCAUUAUAAGGACAGCAGUAGGUGGAACAUGAUAAUUUUGUGCUUCUGGAUGUUUGCAUGCGGUCGAUUUGUGGGCAUUUAUGGCUUUGUUAAAACCUGGCUGCCGUUCGCAAUCCUGCUAACAGCUGUCAUUCUAUUGGCCGUAUACUUUUAAUCUUAUUGCUAUUUCGACUAAUUAAAAACAAUUAUUAUCAAACUUCAA